AUGGGCUCGGUCUUCCUCAUCGCCUUGGCAUUCGUGGCUUGGCAGGGGGGCAUGUCAUUCAGGGGCGUUGGCAGGGGGGUCCGAGGGCCGACCGCCGCGCGCAUGCCGCUGGCGUUCGGCCGCUACAAGACCCUUUACGAGGGCCCCGACAGUGAUUCAUAUUCGAAUUCGAAGCCCGCGCCGGCCGGGCCCCUUGUGGCGCCAAAGCAGGCGCUGGAGGGCGCCUCUAGAUGGAGCAGCGCACUUCUGAGGGUCAUGCCUCCAUUCAGCAGUUGGAUGCCCCCGGAGGCUGUCCAGAAGGUGCUGGCGCCAAGUGGAGCGCAGCAGAGCGCGCAGCGGUACUCCUUCCCGGAUGCGCUCCCAAAGGUGGCGUUGCUGUUUCUGACGCGGCAGUGGCUGCCAUACGAGCCUGUCUGGCGCGCGUUCCUGUCAUCGGUCCCCCCGCUGGGCAAGGGGCUGCACCAGGGCUGGCAGCACCUGUUCAGCCUGCACGUGCACCUGCCACCCAACCACUUCUUCAACACAGACAGCAUUUUCACAGGGACAGAGGUGGAGGAGCGAGUGGCUGUGGAGUGGGGGCAGUGGUCUGUGGUGGAGGCAGAGUUGGUUCUGCUACGCGCAGCUCUUCUAGAUCCGCGCAACCAGCGCUUUGUGCUUCUGUCAGAGACGUGCGUGCCUCUGUACCCGGCGGCCGUUGUGUGGGCGCAGCUUAUCGGCGAACCUCGCUCCCGCCUUGACGCAUGCGCCAACACGGCAGACCCCAACGACGCCGCCAGCCGCAUGGACUACCGGUGGUCGGACAAGAUGGAGGGCCCACGAUUGAAGAAGGAGCACUGGCGCAAGAGCGCGCAGUGGUUUGCACUGACUGCGGAGCAUGCCCAGCUUGUGACGACAGAGAACAACGCUGCCAAGGCUUUCAGAGAGCAUUGCUGGGUGGACUCUGCAAACAUAAAUGCUGGGUGGGCGCCCAAGAGCUUCUGUGUGGCAGACGAGCACUACAUGCCCACGCUGCUCGCCUCGCUCGGGCGACAGAACGAGACUGACUGCACGGGGCUGCUGACCUCUGUGUGGUGGGAGCGGAGGGAGUGGAGUGGGAUUUGUGGGGGACCAGGAGGAGGCGGCGGCGGCUGUUGCAGAGGCGCUGAAGCCCAAAUUAUUGAAUGACACGGCGGCGUGGUCGGCUGACUCGCCCAAUGAGCUCGUGCGGGCUCUGCUGGCUCGCUAUAGCCCAUUGGGAAGCAGCGGCUGCCCUCUGUUUGCGCGCAAGUUCGGAGAGCCUGCACUGUGGAACAUUGCGCAAGUGGCUGCCGAGUAUCUUGCGCCUGCGGAGGUCACUGCCUAG